CAGGAGGGCUUUCACUUGGAUCCAUGGCUGGGUUCAGGGUUGAGCUGCUGUUUGUGGUGCUGACUGGGACUCUGCUGCUGGUUCCGGUCCGAGGGUGGGAGACAAUCAGCGAGACUCAACUCACAAAUUUCUACCAGACGGGACAGUGGAGUAAACCACAAAGCCUCACAAAGCCAGAUGACAGCAGCAUAUUUUAUGACUUUGAUGAGCAAAUUCCUGAGGAUGCGCUUCCUGACGUUGAAGGUGCUGCCACCAGCGACCAUGGAUUCCAGGUGGAAACGGACUCUGGACCGAGAGACUGGGCCAGUGGUACGGACAGUGGAUUCCACAUGGAGUUUGUAGAUGCCCCUCCAAGAACCUGGUCUGGUCAGAGUUCAAGUGAGCUCAGCGUGGUUUGCAGUGAAGUUGGCUUCCAGAUUAAACUGCCGACGGGUCCAUUAAGUGAAGUUAAGGUUUUGGGUUCGAAGGAUCUGCUGUCUGUCACGACUGCACCAGCAUCUUGUGGUUAUGAAGUGAACUCUUUCAAGAACACAUUGACUGUACCCUUUACUGGGUGCAAUGUGAAACUUGUAGGUAGCUGUAAAACGGACAGCUACAGCCUGCAGUUGUUGUAUGUCGAUAACUUUGGUGCAACACAAGUUGCCACCGCAUCCUGUGACGUGAAGAAAGUAAAGUCAGACGGUAAACUGUUCCCUCGUGGCAAUGGUCAACCCACACUGAAGUGCAGUGACCCAACCACUGCGCCACCAACACCGUCAAACUCUCAAAACUGUGCUGUGACUGUGGGGGAGCGGGUGCAGUGUGGUCACUGGGGAAUGUCUUCCUCAGCCUGUGAGAUGAUGGGAUGCUGUGUGGAUCUUUCUAAAUCUGCCUGCUACUACCCGCUGGAUGAGUGCACUGCAGAUCAACACCUUGUUUUCGCCAUUCGAUACAACUCUGCAUCCAUCCCUGUGGACCCCACCAAGCUCGUUACUCCUGGGUUUACAAACUGUAAACCAGUCAUUGUUAAUGACCAGGUCGCCAUCUUUAAGUUCAAAGUUACAGAAUGUGGAACUCGUGCUUAUACCGUUGGUGAGACGACCAUCUACCUGGCUGAAGUGCAGAGUGUUGUACAAGCUCUGAACCUCAAGUAUGGAGUAAUUACAAGAAGUGAUCCACUCAGGUUCAUGAUUGAAUGCCGCUACGGCAAACAGGGCUCCAGUCAGCAGUCACUGGCCAGUGUUGGUUACAUGGUGAUGACUCCAACUUCUACCUUGCCCUCAUCAGUUGUCGCCAGUGGCUUAUAUGGCGUUGAAUUGAGAAUUGCUACAGAUCAGACGUAUUCCAGCUACUUGCCCACGUACCAUCAGCCCUUGAGACUUCUCCUUGGCAAACCAGUGCAUCUUGAACUGCUCCUAAAGUCUCCAAAACCAGACGCAGUUAUUCUUGUCAACUACUGUAUAGCUUACCCGCGCUCUGCAAAGAACGCACUGGUGCUCGUUUAUGAAGGGUGUCGCAACCCUUAUGAUCCAAAUGUGUCCAUCCUUCAAAUCAGUGACCUUCCAAAAAAUCGCUUUGUAAGGCGUUUUGUGGUCAAGGCCUUUCAGUUCAUGGAUCAAACAACAAACCAGUACCUUGAUGAAGAAAUCUAUUUCAUGUGCUCUACAGAAGUUUGUCGGACGGCAGAAAAGACGUGUCAAGAACGAUGCUUUGACGGAAAGGCACCGUAAGGAUUUGCAACUGCAGCGUAAAGGAAAAAUGAAUUGCAAAUAAUAAACAUUUUAACACUGUA